AAUUCGAUUUGCAUCAUACACCGAUCACCAUGGCCUCUCUUAAUCCAUGGGGAAAGCUUGACGAACUUGACAAUGAGAGGCACAUGGCUCGUUUAAAGACGAGGAAGAGAAUCAUAAUUAUCGUCAUAUCAUCCAUAGUUCUUGUGUCCAUCAUUAUCGGUGCAGUGGUUGGAAGUGUUUCUCACAACAAAAACAAAUCUUCUCAAGGAAAUGAUAAUGUUUCAUCGAUGACCUCAACGAUUAGUGCUGUAUGCAAUCUAACCCUCUAUCCAGACUCGUGUAUCUCCAGUCUUUCCCCUUUUGCUGCCAAAGGCAAUGCUCUCAAACCUCAAGAUAUCUACAAGAUGUCUGUUCUAGUUGCCCUCAACGAGCUCUCUGGUGCCUCAGACAACUUUUUAAAGAGUGAUACAUUUAAAAACAUCAAUGAUCCAGCAGCUGCUAAAGCUAUCCAGAGUUGUCACGAGCUUCUAUCCCUUGCAUUUGAUCAUCUGAAUGACACAUUGUCCGUUGCUGAAACCUCGUUGCUCGAUGCCUUUGAUGAUCUAAAGACAUGGUUGAGUUCUGCAGGGACUUAUCAGCAGACCUGUAUUGAUAGUUUUGAAAAUGUCACAUCAAAUAGUGCCAUACGAAAAGCUGCAGGACAGAGCUUGAACAACUCCACACGGUACACUAGUAACAGCUUAGCACUUAUAAGCUCGUUAGAAAAUUCCAUUACAAGCUUAGGUGCUAUCGGAAAGAGGAGGCGUUUGAUGGGAUAUGGAGAUGAUGAUGAGUACCCGAGCUGGUUGUCGUCAUCAAAUGACAGGAAAUUGCUGCAGAAAUCAUCAGAAGAAAAGAUAAAGGUGAAUGUAGUAGUGGCUAAAGACGGUUCGGGGAAGUACAAGAGCAUUAAGGCUGCACUAAAAGCUGCACCAGAGAAGAGCAAGAAGAGAUUUGUGAUCUAUGUGAAAAAAGGUGUUUACAAAGAGAAUGUUAGGGUUGAGAAGACUAAAUGGAAUAUUAUGAUUAUUGGUGAUGGAAAAGACGCUACCAUCGUUUCUGGUAACCGUAACUUCAUUGAUGGAACACCAACAUUCCAAAGUGCCACCUUCGCUGUGUUUGGAAAGGGAUUUGUGGCUCGUGAUAUUGGAUUUGUAAACACAGCUGGUGCGGCGAAGCAUCAAGCAGUAGCAUUAAUGUCAACAGCAGAUGAAUCAGUGUUCUACCGCUGCAAAAUGGACGCGUUCCAAGACACUCUUUAUGCUCAUUCAAACAGACAAUUCUACAAAGAAUGUGAUAUCUAUGGGACAGUAGAUUUCAUCUUUGGUAACUCAGCAGUUGUACUUCAAAACUGCAACAUUCUUCCAAGAAAACCAAUGAGUGGGCAACAGAACACUAUCACAGCUCAAGGCAAAGUUGACCCAAAUCAAAACACUGGAAUUUCUAUCCAAAACUGUAGCGUUAUGCCGUGGGGAAACCUUACUGGGAUCAACACAUUUUUAGGAAGGCCAUGGAAGAAUUACUCAACAACUGUGUUCAUGGAAUCAAACUUGGGUGGUCUCAUUCAUCCAAAUGGAUGGAUGCCAUGGGUUGGAACCACAGCUCCAAGUACCAUUUUUUAUGCUGAAUAUAAGAAUAUUGGACAAGGGGCAAAUACAAAAAACAGAGUUGAUUGGCAAGGCUUGAAAUUGGGACUUACAAGUAAAAUAGCAAGCAAGUUUACAGUUAAGCCUUUCAUUCAGGGGAACAAAUGGCUUCCUGCAGCUGGUGUUCCAUUUAAGGCUGGUCUUUGAGAGAGAGAGAUACAUUACUAUAUUUUGGAGAGUGAUCAUUUUUUCUUAUAUUCUCUUUGUUUUUAUGUUUUCUUGGUUUAAAACAACCAUAUGCUCUUUUGUUACACAAGAAAUAUAUAUUUCUUGUCAAAUUUAUUCAAUUUUAAAUGACAUUUAAUACUUAUAACAAAUGGAAUGAUGAUGACAUGAGUUUCUCUCUUUUGUUUAGCAA